AUAAAUAAGAUAAAUAUAUGCUACAUAUGCCACUCCUUACUCAAGAAAAGUCAAUUAUUAAUGUUGCAAGCGAUCAAAUCAAAUGAAUUGCUUAACCAACUUGCGCAUAAAGAUGUUAAAACACAAACGGAUGGAUUGAAACACAAUUUCUUUAACUUGAAAAUAGUUGUUCUGGAUAAAAUUAUUAUAAACAAUGAUCCAGAGUCAGUGAAAGAAGAAAGAGAAGAUGUUAAGGAGGAGUUUGAAAUAGAAUUGGAUGAUACAGCCUCAAUAGACUACAAGCUAUCGGGCAUAGCUAAUGUUAAACCAUCAGAUUCGGAAGAUGAUGUACCUUUGAGCAGUUUGAAUGAUAAAAACCCUGUCAAAAAUGAGAGAAAGAGAAAGAGGAGGAAAUUCGCCGAAAUAAAAGUGGACGCCCGCGAAAUAAUACUAACGGAGGAGGAGCAGAUAACCGACAUGCAGACCAGGGCCAGGUCGUUGAAUUAUCUCAACUCGCCGUACAAGUGCGACUUAUGCUACCGCGGCUUCAUAGACCCGAUCGCGUUCGGCAAGCACAGAGACAAGCAUGAUGAGAAAAACGGUGCGCACAAAUGUAAAAUAUGUCACCUGAGGUACAUGAGUGGUCGACUCUUGCGCGCUCAUGUCAUAUCGACUCACUCCCGGCGAUAUGAGUGUAACAUAUGCAAGCAGCUCACUCAUACGAGACACCAAGCCAAAGAACACGAGCUGUGGCACAACGGGCACACAUAUCUGUGCAAGCUGUGCGGCCAGAGAUUUGUCAAAUCGUCAUCGUACCUCACGCACAUGCGCAAGUCGCACGCGAGCGAGCACAUAUGCGUGUCGUGCGGCGCGGGCUUCGUCAGCGCGUACGGGCUGCGCAUGCACGCGUCGAAGUCGCAUAGGGGCGACGUGGACACGAAAAAGGAUGAACCGAUUUCGGACAGUUUCUGCGCGGAAUGCAAGAUACAGUUCAAGUCGGUGGACGCAUGGAAGAAGCACGUUAUCGCCGCACAUUAUGUAUUUAAGGGGAAAGGAGCUACAUGCCCAAUAUGCAAAGAGCAUGUCAGCGAAGCGCACAAAUUCUCGCAUAUGCGCACGCACACCACCAUGCGUGCGCACGCGCAUGACUAUGAAAGGACACCGGCUAUGACAACGUUGUCAUGCGAUCAUUGCGAAUCGAAAUUUUUCAACCUGACAAAACUCAGGACUCACAUAAAGCGAGUACACCUCGGAUAUAAAUACGAUAAGAAUAUCGUGUGCGAAUCAUGCGGGAAGCACUGUACGUCCACGGCCGCGCUGCAGUAUCACCAGAGGCGGCAUUCCGGCGAGCGGCCGUACGCGUGCCCGCAGUGCGCAGCGCGUUUCCGGUGCCGCGAGCACGCGCGGAUACACUACCGGACGCACUCCGGCGAGCGGCCGUACUCGUGUCCGGUAUGGUGCCGCGAGCACGCGCGGAUACACUACCGGACGCACUCCGGCGAGCGGCCGUACUCGUGUCCGGUAUGCGGGAAGGCGUUCACGCAGAAGCCGGCGCUGAACCGGCACUACGCGAUACACACUGGAUCCAAGCCUUUUGAGUGUCAAUACUGCGCAAAAACGUUCAGCCAGUCGAGUUCAUUGAAGGCCCACGUGAAAACGGUGCAUUUAAAAAUACCUAGGAAAGUGAGUCAAGUUGUUGAUAAUAAAAUUUGCUGA